GUUUUCCUCACACCACCAGGGUUGGGGGUUGAUUCCUGCCGCUGCCCUGUGUGUGCAAGGGGUUUCCUCUGGGUACUCCGGUUUCCUCCUCAAGUCCAAAGACAUGCAUUGUAGGCUGAUUGGCAUGUCCAAAGAGUCGGUAGUGUGUGAAUGUGUAUAUGAUUGUGCUUGCGCUGUAUUGGCACCCUGUCCACCACCUUGUGCCCUUUGCACCUUGUGGGAUAGGCUCCAGGUUCCUCGUGACCCAGUAUAAAAUGGGUGGGAUUUAUAUUUUAAGUCAAAUUGAGGGACAGUAGGAGUAUUACCUACACUCAACCUUUCCCAUAUAUCAGCUAAUUCUGACCAUUCUUCUUGGACAUUCUUAACAUUUUUACAAAAGCUCAUAUACCUGAAUACUACAUAAUAUGCAUUAUAAUUGAAUUAUAAAUUCAUUUAUGGACAAUUUCAAUUAUUUCCUAAGCAUUUUUCCAUAGGUUGAUUAGUUGUAUCCCAAAGGGAAGCAGAAUGACAGGAAGAGGAAGUGAGCUAGUUAAGAAUUACAGCACAGUGACCUGCUAAAGAUAAGAGCAAAAAAAUACAGCUUAAACUCUGGGUUUAAUGAAAAAUAGGCUAGUCAAAACGACAAAAACGAAUAAUUUGGUGCUUCUGAUACGUUUGGCGUGUAAUUAAAUGCUCGACAAGCUGAUACGAGCUAGCAGAGUAAGCUAGCCAGGCUAACAGAGGAUAAUAAAGUUAGUGCAGUCCCUGCGGUUCCGUCCCAAACCGGAUAUUCGAGUCUGGUAGCAGCAGGGUGUUGUAUUGUUGUCAAUAGUGUACUAUUUAGUGAGCUAGUGUUCGAUUUUGGACGUGACCUUAUCCAUUAUUUUGGGACUGGAAAACUUGUUUCGUUUGCCCGUGGUGUAAACAUGUCUGUUAGGCUGAUGUGUAAAUCUGUGCCCAGGUGUCGCUGGGUUUUUCAGACGCGUUUUCAAAAGCGUUUUAUUAUCGACAUGUCCUAUUCACAUCACUUUAUGGAUGAUAAACGCUCGUCAAUACCGAGCAGUAUGAAGAAGAUGAUGGUAACGAAGCGGAGCCCCAACUUCCGUGAAGCUGUUUUCGUGCAGACAUGUCCGGUUCCGACGCCGAGAGACCGCGAGCUGCUCAUCCGGAACCGAUACGUUGGCAUAAACGCAUCUGACAUUAACUACUCAGCUGGCCGUUACAACCCCUCAGUGACCCCUCCAUUCCCAGUAGGGUUUGAGGGUGUAGGAGAAGUGGUGGCAUUGGGUUUAAGUGCCAGUUCCCAUUUUACAGUGGGCGACAAGGUGGCGUAUUUCAACGAAGGCGCAUUUGCCGAAUACACACCCGUACCUGUGAAAAAUGUGAUUCCGUUAAAGGAGUCGCAGCCAGAAGCGUUAGCGUUGCUUGUGAGCGGAGCAACUGCGUCCAUCGCCCUGCAGCGUCUCGGGGAACUUAAACAGGGGGAAACAGUGUUGGUGACGGCUGCCGCCGGAGGAACCGGACACUUUGCCGUCCAGUUUGCCAAGAUGGCUGGGUGCCAUGUGGUAGGCACAUGCUCCUCCUGUGAGAAGGUGGAGUUUCUGAAGAGCAUCGGCUGUGAUCGGCCAAUCAACUACAAGGAAGAGGACUUGGCCUCAACGUUACGCAGGGAGUAUCCUAAAGGUGUGGAUGUGGUGUAUGAGUCAGUAGGGGGCGCCGUGUUUGACCUGGCCGUUAACAAUCUGGCCCAACAUGGCCGCCUGCUGGUGGUGGGCUUCAUCUCAGGUUAUCAGAGCGAAUCAGGCCUGCAGCCUGUCAAAGGAGCCACACUUCCUGCCAAACUCCUGCAGAAAUCAGCCAGCGUGAGGGGCUUCUUCCUGCCUCACUUCAUGUCAGAGUAUACGGCGUGUAUGCAGAAAGCAAUGCAGAUGCAAGAGGAAGGGAAGCUUUUGUGCGUCAUCGAUGAUGGACAGCUGGACAAGGGAGGGAGAUUUAUAGGACUGGAGUCAGUGUACAGAGCAAUAGAUUAUAUGUACGCCGGAAAGAACCAAGGCAAAGUGGUGGUGGAGCUUAGUCCUCCCGACAUCUGAGGAGAGCGUAAACUGAUAGAUCAAAUCAAUAACAGCUUUUUUCAAUGAACAUAUGUUGUGUCCAAAAUACGUCUUAUUUUGCUAUAUAUCAGAAAAAGCCUGAUUAAUCUAAUGAACAGCAAAUUGUAAUCUAUGUUUAUUAAUAAAGAGCUUGUAAAUGAA